AUGUUCCCCGGAUUCACGCCCUUCACGGUGCAGACGGAGACGCAGCCCGAGGCCGUGUCCAUCUUUGGUCUGCAGAGCGCGCCGUCUCCCACGCCACUGCCGCCGCUGCUGCUUCUGCACGGCUUCCCGCAGAACCACCGGAUCUGGUCCCGGGUAGCGCCGCUGCUCGCCGGGCGCUUCCACCUCGUGCUCAUCGACCUGCGUGGCUACGGCGGUUCCUCGAAGCCGGCCUCGGUGGCCGCGUACGCCAAGAGCGCCAUGGCGCGCGACUGCAUCGCCGUCAUGGACGCCCUCGGCCACGCCGGCCGCCGCUUCUUCGUCUGCGCCCACGACCGCGGCGCCCGCGUUGCCCACAAGCUCUGCGUCGACCACCCCGCGCGCAUCGCCAGCACUAUCCUGCUCGACAUCUGUCCCACGCUGGCCAUGUACGGCCAGACCAACCUCCAGUUCGCCACGGCGUACUUUCACUGGUUCUUCCUAAUCCAGGACGCGCCGUUUCCGGAGACGCUCAUCGCCGCCCGCCCGCGCGAGUUUGCGCGCCUGUUUAUGGGCGCGCGCCAGGCAGAGGGCGUGACCAUCUUUGACGAGCCCGCGUUUGAAUCGUAUGUCGCGGCGCUCGGCGACGAGGCUGCCGUGCAUGGCAUGUGUCAGGAUUACAGGGCCAGCGCGUCGCUGGACCUGGACGAGGCGCGCGAGGACCUUGCCCAGGGUAGGCUGAUUAAGUGCCCGUUGCGGGUUUUUUGGAGCGAGCGCGGCGUGAUUGAGAAGUGUUUUGACGCGAUCAAGGAAUGGAAAGCAGUUGCGGAAAAGGACGUACUUGUCGAGGGGCACAGCGUUGACUCGGGGCACUACAUCCCGGAGCAGCUUCCGGAAGUCGUAGCUUCUAAAGUUAUCGCAUUUUUCUCUGAAAGCAAUUAG